AUGGAUAAAAUCUUCUUUCUCAGGAUAUUAAUUUGCAUGCUUCUGAAUUUUGUAUCAAUUCAAGGAGCUCCUGAAAAUGCUCGAGUUACAUCUCUUCCUGGAUUCAGUGGCAUUUUCCCCUCCAAUCACUACUCAGGGUAUGUGAAUUUGCCAGUAACUUCUAAUACUUCAAAGAACCUUUUCUACUACUUCGUUGAAUCAGAGAGAGAUGCAAAAAGAGAUCCUGUUGUCUUAUGGCUUAAUGGUGGACCUGGGUGCUCUAGCUUUGAUGGGUUCAUCUACGAACAUGGACCAUUUGACUUCAAAGCAGCAAAGGAACCAGGGAAAUUGCCCACAUUGAAUCUCAAUCCAUAUAGCUGGUCCAAGGUUUCUAGUGUAAUUUAUCUGGAUUCUCCUGCUGGUGUUGGUUUUUCUUACUCAGACAACACCAGUUUUUAUCAAACAGGAGACAAACGAACUGCUUCUGAUACACACCAUUUUCUUAUCAAGUGGUUCAAGCUAUUUCCAGAGUUUCUUUCAAAUCCAUUUUAUAUUUCUGGAGAGUCAUUUGCUGGAGUUUAUGUGCCAACUCUUGCUGAUGAAAUCGUGAAAGGAAUUGAAGCUCGUAUAAAGCCUGUCAUCAAUUUAAAGGGUUACCUGAUAGGAAAUGCAGUCACAGACAAAGUAUUUGAUGGCAAUGCUCUUGUUCCGUUCGCACAUGGAAUGGGGCUUAUCUCAGAUGAUAUCUACAAGGUAAUUGAACAUUUCUUAUACCCAAACUUUUAUUCCGGUUGUAAAGGAAAUUACUAUGACCCUGAAACUGAUGAAUGCUCUAAUUUAAUUGACCUGGUUAACAAUGAAAUUGAUGGGCUAAAUAUUUAUAAUAUUCUUGAGCCCUGCUACCACACACCAACUGAACAUGGAAACAUAAGCAUUCCAAAAAGUUUCAAGCAGCUAGGGAGGAGUACAAGGUCUCUCCCUGUCAGGAAAAGGAUCUUUGGUCGCGCCUGGCCUUUCAGGGCACCUGUAAUCGAUGGACUUGUUCUUUCAUGGCCUCAAAUUAUCGGCAGCAUGACAACCUCUAUCGAUAGCAUGACAUCCCUCGUACCAUGCGUGAAUGAUGGAGUUGCAAAUGAAUGGUUGAACAAUGAAGAUGUGAGGAAAGCAAUCCAUGCAGCCUCGGGGGCUGAGAUAGGCAAUUGGGAGUUAUGCUCUGAUAAAUUGUCCUACUGGCAUGAUGCUGGAAGCAUGAUUAAAUUCCACAGAAAUUUAACUUCUCAGGGUUAUCGAGUACUUGUUUACAGUGGUGAUCAUGAUAUGUGUGUGCCAUACACUGGAUCUCAAGCAUGGACUCGAUCACUUGGAUAUGAGAUUGUAGAUAAGUGGAGGCCUUGGAUAACUUCCGAUGAACAAGUGGCUGGAUAUGUACAAGCAUAUGACAAAAACCUCACCUUUCUUACUGUUAAGGGAGCUGGGCACACUGUCCCUGAGUACAAGCCAGCAGAGGCAUUGGAAUUCUAUAGGCGAUGGUUGGAUGGAUUGGCCAUUUGAAAAUAAAGCAACUUAUGUUCAUUUUUGUUUAGACUGGCUUGAUUCAUGGGUUAAAAGUAUAUCACUUAGUUGAUUAGAAGUACUCAC